AUGGCUAAGGACACUUCCCCACUCGUAAACUUUGCUACCGACGCGAAGUACGCAAAGUACAGAGCCCUUUUUGGCGAUGACACCGCGCUGUCGUCUUUCGUUACCAACGCUCAUGGCGAGGUCCUGGUGUUCCGGGCCAAUAUGGCCGGCAAGGUUCUGAAGGACCCCGUCGUUUGUGAAGAGGGCUCCGUUAUUGCUGUCCGGCCCCCCAAGGACCAGAACAUCGCGGACGAGGAAUUUUGGUUCGCCGUAGUCAAAAAGUCCAAUGAAGAAGGAGGCGACAUCGAUAUCCGCUGGCUGGUCUCUGGGGCGUAUGCGCACGCGUUGGUCGAGUACGGACGCUCCAUUAUACUUAACUCGGACCAGCUGAAGAAAGAACUUUCGGACUUCAGCGUCCCUCGCCGCUCGCUCUUCCUCACGGACCAAGAUGACAAGGCGCCCAUCGGGUCUAUCAAGGCUGUGCUCACCGAGAACGAGUUCGCCGGCUUGGGGUUUGAGGACGGUCUUGUGUUUCGCUCAUCUGACAAGUAUCACUACUUCGAGUGA